GUUAUUGCACUGCCACUGUGCGGUACACUGUCAUCAUUCCCCACCACGAAAUCGAGUCCACGGCAACAAGUCACUCCAAUGCGCUGAAGGGCUGGUCAUAUUCCAGCCACGCUCGAUCCUCCGAGUCCGCGGUGGCUUCAACAAUUUCAUCGCAACCUCAACAAAUCAAUGUUGCCGAUCUCGACCUUGAAUAUUGAAUAGUCAUCUGAUUUGCGCUGUCAGCUAGAAGAGGAGUUAAACCACCUCGCGAGCUCAUUCACUCAACUGAAGCAAGCACAAGCAAAGUUUAAGUCACGCAUUGUGAAUGUCGGAGACAAAACAAAGCCACAUCAACAUUUCUGUCUGAGGUCUCCAAACUCUUAUUUGAUUCUAUUCGUGCAGGAAUGAUUAUCCUCGUUCUUUUGACAAACUCCCUGUAUGUUCCCGGUCAUCUAAGUGAUGCGGAGAAUGUGAUCGUCGACGUCAGUACAUCUCAUCAAGGUCUGAACUGUCGAGUCGACGCUGCGGGCCCGAACAGCAGCAAGGACAAGAAUUGCUUAGCAUUGCUUCUGACUUGGCUGGUUUAGCCCAUAUCGCAGUCGCUACACCCACCACUCCACUCCUCCGAUAAUGAACACGGUUUUGCACGACGACAACCGUGUUAGGGCGGGUCUCUCACACUCUUCGGUGGACUCGGAGACACUUUCGAAGGCUACUGGUUCUGCGGAUGUGGAUAAGAGAAAUAGACACCUCCCAGCUUCCGAUGAGGACAGGUACGUGUCUCUGACGACUUGAGCUACUGUAAUAAUUCCCGCACUGUCACCAAUGCCAAUUGAUUUGUCUACUACCAAUACCCUUGGUGGGGGGGCUUUGACUGUCCAUGCAGGUCAAAAUUCGCAAGCGUCUCUUGGGUCAACUGGGCAAGCACCUAGAUCCAGAAGGCGCGUACUAGGCCUGUUUCUUUCAGCCUGUUUCGCUCUACAUCACAGUUUCUUGUUCUACACCAAUGUAUACCCAUGUUUAGGUAUACCUAUA